GAGCCCAUCAAAGAAUCAGCGGGCGUGGGGCUUCGGUCACAGACGCUCUGUAGUAGAUUUCUGUGAUUUACUUUUCUAAUUUCUAAUGUAACAUUUUAGAGAAAGAAAAUACGAUAUUUUAUAGUGUGAAUAGGAUAUAAAUUAAGCUCUUUAGAACUUUUAAGCUCAGGGUAGUGGUAAGUCUGUUUCCGUCUUGCAAGACUUGCAAUGGACGUUCCACAUCACGGCUAUCGAUCGACAACAAACCCCAGAGCGCGCAGAGCACCCCCUACUGCUGGCAAGGCUUUGCUGUUCACGGACACCAGCUCUCUCUCGCCCCCCAUGGCCAUGCAGGGGUACUACGCGGGCGGAGCAGCAGGAGCCAGAGGAGGAGACACUAAUUUCUUCGGGGACCCAGUGGCCCGUGCAGCGAUGGUGUACGGCUCAUCCCUGGCCUUCCAGGGCAAGGACAUGGCCAACAAGGAGAUCAGCCGCUUUGUGUCUGUGAACAGGCUGAAAUACUUCUUCACGGUCGACACCGCGUACGUCCUGAAGAAGCUGCUGCUCCUCCUUUUUCCGUACGCACAUCAGGAUUGGGAAGUGCGUUACCAUAGGGACAUGCCCCUGACGCCCCGGAAUGAUGUCAACGCUCCCGACCUCUACAUCCCCUCGAUGGCGUUCCUUACCUACAUCCUUCUAGUGGGAAUGGCGUUGGGAGUUCAGAGGAGGUUCAGCCCGGAGGUGUUAGGCCUCUGUGCCAGCUCGGCGCUGGUCUGGGUUGUUGUGGAGGUCGUGGCCUUGGCUCUGGCUCUCUACCUGCUCACUGUGCACUCUGACCUCUCGACCUUUGACCUCCUGGCCUACAGUGGAUACAAAUAUGUGGGGAUCAUCCUCACGAUGGUGGGAGGCCUGUUGUUUGGAAGGAAUGGGUAUUUCCUGUCUCUAGCCUGGGCUUCCUGUUCAUUCAUGUAUUUUAUCGCAAUCGCAUGCACCCGGGCUCCUCAACCCCAGCUGACCCUCUCUAGCACCUCACCUGCAGCUGCUUUCUGUUUCCAGACCCUGCAGGAACUUCGCUCUGGUCCGCUCGCUGCGGGGGAAGAUUCUCUCCUCUCUCUCCUCGCGCUCCAUGGGCCCCGGGGCCAGCGCCAAACCCCAGCUGCGCCUGUACAUCACCAUGGCAACUGCGGCCUUUCAGCCAAUCGUCCUCUACUGGCUCACCUCUCACCUGGUCAGGUGACGGAACGGAGACCCGGAGCUGUGGCAGUGGUGUGUUCUGCCCACGCGGCUGAUUGGCUUUCAUCUGCCAACUUUACCUGAGUGACAGGCCCUACAUCCAACCAGCACGGAGAAGCGUGCUUGUAGUCAAACACACACCAGCCACACAUACUCCUUACUAACACACACUGCACCAAGUGGCUGUCAAACGCACAUUGUAAUAGGUGCAUUUAUGAUACAUAGUUUAUUCCACCAAAGAACCUUCCAUAAUGAUGCAAACAUCCAGGGUCAUCGUGGUCAUCAAAUCCUCAAAAAAAAGUAUACCCCAGCCUAACCCUCCACCCCACCCAUCCAUGUUCCUGAUUUGGGAGGGUUAUGGGUUUUACUCAGAGCAGUAAUCCAGCUAACUCUGUAAUUAUGUUUCAUGAUGCAGGUGCCAGGUGCCUUGUAGUUUUACCAAGUCAAUAAAACUACAAAUCAGGCAGCAGAGCAGUGUGGAGGAUAGUGAAAUGGAUUUGUAACUAAGGGGUUGCAGGUUCAGUAUCCAGGUGGGGUGCCGCCACUGUACCCUUGAGCUAAAGGUACUUCACCUGAGCUGCUUCAGGUAAAUAUCCAGCCGU